AUAGGUACAUUUUCCAAAUAACUAUAUUUGAUUUGUCGUCAGGGAUGGAAGAAAAAUAAAUUAACAGUGGAAGGCCGCCAUACUCAAAACAAGACUGAUUAUUGAAAAUGGAGUUUUAAAUUGUUUCGUGUUGUGAUAAUUUUUUGUGUACUUCUAAAAUGAACUCAAAACUAGACGUAAAUAGGCGAGUUUUGGCUAUUAAAGCUAAGAAAAGGCGUCAUAAACCUGGCAAACGAAAAGGGAAAAACGAAGAACAUGGCAUGGCAGUUAGGCCUAAUUCCAACAAAGGGGAACCGUGUAAUUCAUCGUCGAAUGAAACUAUUGAGGACGAUAACGACUUCUUCAGUUCAGAGGAAGAAGAACAAGAGGAUCCAACUGAUUACAGGAAAGGGGGUUAUCAUCCCGUAAAAAUAGGGGACUUCUUUCAGGGGAGGUAUCACGUCACUAGAAAGUUAGGUUGGGGCCACUUCUCGACGGUGUGGCUAUGUUGGGAUCAUGUCGACAAGAGAUAUGUGGCUUUGAAGGUUGUGAAGAGCGCAUCGCAUUUCACGGAAACAGCUUUGGAUGAGAUUAAGUUGUUGAAGGCAGUUCGUGACAGUGAUCCCAACGACCCCAAAAGGAACAAAACUGUACAGUUGUUGAAUGAUUUCAAGAUUUGUGGUGUCAAUGGUGUUCACGUGUGUAUGGUGUUUGAAGUGUUGGGUGAUACAAUGCUGAAACUUAUAAUGAGAAGCAACUACCAUGGUAUUCCACAUGAAAAUGUCAAGUCAAUAAUCAGACAGGUUCUAGAAGGUUUGGACUAUUUGCAUGCCAAGUGCAAUAUUAUUCACACUGAUAUCAAACCAGAAAAUGUGUUGAUGUGCGUAGAUGAAACUUGCAUUAAGAAGCUGGCAUUGGAGGCUACAGAACUCCAUACUAUGGGUGUUAAAUUGCCAGUUUCACAUGUCAGCACUGCCCCUAAGGAAUUCCAGGAGCCCAUCAUCAAUGCCAAGAUGUCAAGAAGCAAGAAAAAGAAACUGAAGAAGAAAGCAAAACGUCAGUCAGAGUUGUUGAAGCUACAAAUGGAGCAAAUAGAAGAAUUGGAAGAACAGAAGAGUAAGGAGAGUAAAUCUGGCGGUGAUGUAAAAAUGGACACGGAAAUAGAGGCUGUUGAAUUACAGCUGGAAGAAAAUUCGGGGGACGAAGAGGUGGAAAAAGAAAUUGCAAGUUGUAGUUCCAGUAGUGUGCUGUACCAAAAUGGAUGUGAAAAUACGGAUGAUCACAAAGGUGCAGGGGAUGAGUGCAGGACCUUGGAUGUUCCUAAUGAAACAGUGGAAAAUCUCCAAGCAAGAGUGAACGAAAACAAUCACCAGACAACAGGUGACGCCCAAGAAGUCGUGCCAGUCCCAGCCGGCGAAGUGGACGAGAAGGUCAAUCAUUGUGAUCCAACGGAUCCAUUUCCCACAAACAUCACAGAUGUGAAACCAGACGUCCCGAGACUCGAUCCGGCCGCAGAGGUGUGCGACAUCGAGGUGAAGAUAGCGGACCUGGGCAACGCCUGCUGGGUGCACCGCCACUUCACGGAGGACAUCCAGACGAGGCAGUAUCGCUCCCUGGAGGUGCUCCUGGGGGCCGGGUACGGGACGUCCGCGGACAUCUGGAGCACGGCCUGCAUGGCCUUCGAGCUGGCCACGGGGGACUACCUGUUUGAGCCGCACUCGGGGGAGGACUACAGUCGCGACGAGGACCACCUGGCACACAUCAUCGAGCUUCUGGGCGACAUCCCGCGCAAGAUCGCCAUGUCGGGCAAGCACUCGCGCCAGUUCUUCAACAGGAAGUGCGAGCUCAAGCACAUAACCACGCUGAAGCCGUGGAAUCUGUACGACGUCCUCACCGAGAAGUACGAGUGGAGCAGCAAGGAGGCCAGGGAGUUCACCGACUUCCUCGUCCCCAUGCUGGAGUACGACCCCAGUCGGCGUGCGACGGCUGCGGAUUGUUUGAAGCACCCGUGGCUAAAUAAUUAGUGGCAACCUCCAAACUCUGUGCUCCCCGCAAAAAAUUCAAAAGUUCCAGUUUUAUUGCAUUGUUGCAUGUCCUACUGUGGGUGAGUUUAUUUUGGAAAACUGAAAAUUAACAAUGGCAAAACAGCAUUUUAAACAUUUUAUGUAUUGCCUUUGGAAUGUUCCAUUGCUCGAAGAUCAAAAUGUUAAUGUCAAGGCUGCUUCUGCAGUGCAACAUUCCCGAUGAAGCUUUUGUUUUUUGGCAAACAGUUCAACCUGGAAAUGCUUGAAGGCGUUCAUCCUGUGGCAAAAGUUUUACCCCGUUACUGCAUGAUAUGUGAGAUUGUAGCAAAUACUGUGUGCCAGUGAAGGUAUUAUGUGACUUUGGAACUGAUACUAAAAGCAACAAAAAAAAUUUGUUUAAAGAUGUUGAAAAUUACAGGAAGUUUUAUUAUCGUUUAUAAUAAAUUGUUAAUGACUUGUAAAUCAUCAGUAAAUGUACAUUGAUGAAAUUUUGUUCUCCAGUAAACACUAAAAAAGUCACGGAAUUCUUGAAAUGUGAAAAUGUGACUGUUCUGGAAAUCUGUUUCGCAAAGUAAGGGUACUGAGUGUUUACAGUUAUUUUUAAUGUCUCUUUUAAUUCAAACCAGUUGAUAGAAUUAUUUUAAUAGUGAAAAUAUUUGUAAAAAGAUUGAGCUCUAUUAAAUUUGUUUUGAUUUAUUUUAAAAUUCUUUGGGUAUACUAGGUUUAUGAAAAUUCAAGCAUUGGUACAAAUUAAGUAUAAAUAUAUUCUACGAUGAAGCAAUCUGAUAGACAAAUUAGAUUGUGAUGUAAGAUAUGUUAUUCUAAUUUACUGAUGUAGCCCUGUGAAAUUAUAGCAUUUUAUCCCUGCAAUAUUAAUAACAGCUUUUCAGCUGAAUUUGAUUUACGUACUGAUAUGCCAGGAAUACCUUGGUAGUUAUGGCAUGCUUCAUAGUUAAUGUUAAUUGUUAUACUUUCCCCCAUAACAUUGUAACUUGUCAGGAAUAAGUGUUUGUGCAUACAUGUUUAGCCCACUCAGAUAUGAUUCAGAUUUGGCCCAAAGACACAAAGUUCAUGUUGUAAAAUUAGUUAUUAUUAAGUAGUACUAAACUUGUGUAACAAUUGUGCUGUAUUAUCCAAAGUCAAGUUUACACAAUUUUUGGAAGCACAUAAGUACUAGAUAAUUUAUAGCACCAAUCAAUAUAGGUUUCUUUCCUUCAAGCGUAAAAUAUGUAUCACAACUUAUUUAUAUUUUUAAUUUUUUUCUAUUCCAAUUGCUUUUUUUAAUUGUAAAAUUUAAAGUGUGAGUGAUUUCUUCACUGCAUGUAAAUGUUAAUUACUUAAUAUUUUGAGUAGAGGCACAUUUUUGAGACACAAUUCAUUGUUUUCUUGCGUGCUUCGGCUCUCAAGGGGGAGACAUUCAUGUUUGCUACUUAUUGACGGAAACAUGUUAGUAAAGUAGUGUUCAUUGGCUGUGAUGGAAUUCUUAUUCCAACUGGUGGUAACCACCUCACUUCAUUUUAAUCCUACUACUUUGCAUGCAUCUUGGUUUAGUAUUGUGCUAUAGCAUUUCCAGUGUCGUAUUUUUUGUAUAAAAAAAAUUGUUUCCCAUGAAUAAAGCUGAGAAAUCUGUA